AUGGAGAAUGUCACGAAGAAAAUGUACCUGCUCCACCGUGCAGGAGGAUCUGUCAAGCUGGCUUCAGAAAGCAAUACAGGCAAAACAGCUUACAGACUCCCGCAAUCUGUUACAGCCAUCCAGAGGGAUAUCUUAAGGCAUGGCUCUGUAGUCGCUACGUAUGCCUUGUAUGCAGAUUUCGACUACUACAAAUCAGGAAUCUACAAGUAUACCGCUGGCAAUUUACGAGGUUACCAUGCGGUAAAAAUGAUCGGAUGGGGAAAUGAAAAUGGCACAGAUUACUGGCUUAUUGCUAACUCGCUAAACACAGACUGGGGAGAAAAAGGAUUCUUCCGCAUAAUUCGAGGAAUCAACGACUGUGGAAUCGAAGAGGGUGUGUACGCCGGGCUUGUCGAUGUAGACAGUCUCUAA